AUGGACAUGGACGGCUCGUCCGAGUGGCCGGAGGGCACCAGGUGUUGGGAAAUCCCAGUUGAGAGCUCCGACUCGGAAGAGGAGGAAUGCACCUUUGAAGCAGGAUGGCUGCCUUGGUAUGAGCGCCAUCCCACUUUCGCAGAACGCGAGGAUCGUCCGUUCGCGCCCAUGGGCUGCAAUUUGUGGAGCCAGGACGGCGUGUCAGAUGCUGGGUCUGCAGUUAGCACUGCUACUUUCUUGGGGAGCCAUGUGGAUCACGUGUACGGCCACGCAGCGGCCAGAGAGAUACCGCUAGGCUUUGCCAAGGAGACUGUGCAAUCUGGCUGCCGGCUUUUGACACGAACAGCACAUGGGCAGGAUAUCGUGGGUGGCAAAGCGGUGCAAAAGCCUUUCCGCUGGAUGGUGUUCAGGCAAGUGCAUGUUAAAGAAAUUGAGGAGCGCUAUGGUGCAGCCGGCCAAAAUCAAGACAGUGACAGUGAUGCGAAACUUGAGCCUGCGUGGCACACGGUGAUUCAUGAGCUCGGGACCACAGGCAAGAAAGUCAAAAUGGUGUCACAGUUUUUCAACAGCAAUAUCAGAAUGGCGAGUGACUAUGUGAAGGAAGAGUUUGACAAGUUAGAUGAGGAUGAUCCUGAGAUCAUCAAAGCAGUGCUACAGGAUGCGAAUGUCUGCAAGAUUCUGCAGCUUUACUUUCAGACCGGCGACCAAGUGAACCCGCAGCAUUUUCAUACUGUUGCGCGGCUGAGCUUGUGGAGCGAAGGUUCGCUUUUGCACCACUGCUGUGAGCAGAAUUACAGCGCUUGCGUGAAGUACCUGCUGGCCCACCACAGCCCUCAAACAGCCCCCGCAGAUUCGCCCUGGCUUCAGCUGGCAGAUCCUUGCUGGAUGGAAGGCACAUGGAAGAACUCGGCCUUCCAUGCGGCCGCGUGGAACGGCCAGGCGGAGGCAAUGGAGGAGCUGGUUUCGUGGGCGCAGGCGCACGGCAAAGUCAAUGAGGUUCGACGGCUCGUCAGCAAGAAAGGGGAGACGGCCAUGGACAUCCUCCAGAGCCGACGAGCAAGCAUGGCCAAAAGGCGUGGGGAUGUUACCCGCUUUGAGUUGGCGCACAACUUGCUCUGCCCAGUUUUUGGCAUCAAGCCUUUGAAGCUAACCGUGGCUGAUCACCGCCCUACGCCUCAUGGCCUUGGCGAUUUUGUGCUCAUUGAUGACAAGGACGUGCGCACACCGUUGCAACUCCCAGAGCGUGUCACACUUGGCGUGCUGGCCGGACUUUUGGCCACCUGCGCUCCCGACAUGGACACCGUGCUGCUGAGCCGGGUGGUGGUGCAGCCAGAGGUUGCGGACGAGCUGCCAGCGGCGGAGGGAUUUCUGCGCGCCUGCCGGUGCCGACGCAUCUCCUUCAUGAAGUCACAGGUUGCGCCGCAGACGUUGGUGGCUCUGUGCCGGGCGCUUCACGGCAUGCUGCAGACCGACCCUGGGCGACUGGAGUCGAUUCUGAUGCCUGCAUGGACAGAAGCGCAGGCGGAGGACUCGUGGCAGCUGGCCGCGGUGGUGUGGGAUCUGUCCGUGAUUCUGCGCCAAAAGCGUUGCAAUCUGCUCAUUGACGGCCUCAGCUCUUCCUACCUGCCGUACUCUUGGCGUUACCUGCCCAUCGUCCUGGACGCAGGUAAUUCCAUUCGUGCAACGCUGCAGCGCUUGUUUGAGAACAGCCCGACAGCUCUGAAGCGGGGACAGCAGGGGCAGGCAGAGCUGGAGGGGUGGUGCCAGCUGUUGGAGACGGAGAAAAGCUUCUUGGGAAAGAACCCUCUCCUUGCCCUUCCCGUACUGUUGGAGCGUAAGCUGCUGAAUCGAGUGGGCCUUCUUGCUGCAAGCGCGGUUGGCCACUGCUUCCAUGAGAACUGGACGCUUUGCAUGGAAGCUCUGGUGGAUGCCCUGGUGACGAUGACGUUGGACCUCCCAGCUUUGGCAAGACUGCUACUCAAGCGCGACGUGAGCCCACAGGAGCAGCGUGCUUUCAUGGUGAUGGAGCACAUGGCCGACGAAGCGCUGUUGAGCACCUUCAAGAUGGCCAAGACGAAAAAGCGGCCAGGGGGAGUGACUGGAUUGCUGCAGCUGGCAUGGCCCUACUGGCUGCGUGAGGAUCCCGAUAAGUUGAAGCGCUGCUUUCCGAAGGCUUCUGCCUACCUCCGCAGCAGGCUGAAGAUCAGCGCAGGAUCAGCAUGA